AUGAUCUCGAUUGCCUCCUUCGCCAUUAUCCUGCUGCCGCCCGGGAGCUACGUCGAGACCUACAUCCAGCGCCUCGAGGAACGGGGAUUUCUGGCCGACGAAAGCACGGUAGAACAGCUCUACCGCCAGUACGGACUCGAUCGCGGACCGGCGGUGCAGUAUUACCGGUGGAUGCGCAACUUCCUGCUGAAGGGAGAAAUGGGGCGCUCCUUCAUCUACAACGUGCCGGUCAAGGACAUCAUCCUGGAGCGGCUGCCACUGUCGAUCGCGUUCACCCUGGCGGCGUUCGCGGUGACCUGGAUCAUCGCCGUUCCCCUCGGCAUCUACUCCGCGGUGCGGCAAUACUCGCUCACCGACUACCUGGCGACCACCAUGAGCUUUCUCGGCUUGGCGGUCCCCAACUUCCUGCUGGCGCUGGGGCUUGCCUACCUGGUGUUCGUGUACACCGGUCAUGCCAUCACCAGUCUGUAUUCGCUGGAGUUCCGCAACGCCCCGUGGUCGUGGCCGAAAUUGGUCGACGUAGCCAAGAACGCCUGGCUGGCGGUGUUCGUGAUCGCCGUGGGCGGCACCGCUCCGCUGGUACGUAUCCUGCGCGGGACACUGCUCGACGAGUUGAAGAAACUGUACGUGACCACGGCACGCGCCAAGGGGCUGCGCGAGUCGCGCGUCAUCUUCAAGUACCCGGUGCGGAUCGCCUUCAACCCAUUGGUCAGCACCAUCGGCUGGACGCUGCCGGCUCUGGUCAGCGGCGAGGUGAUCGUGUCGCGGGUGCUCGGCCUCGAGACCCUGGGCCCGAUACUCCUGGAAGCGGCGCUGUCGGAGGACAUGUACCUGGUGGGAAGUAUCGUGAUGAUCCUGAGUGGUCUGAUCAUCGUCGGCACGCUGAUUUCCGAUAUUCUGCUGGCGAUGAUCGAUCCCCGCAUCCGCUUCGGACGGAGCGCCGGCUGA